GAGUUUCAGGGGUUUGGCUGUAUUUAAAUCAAAGUGUGAGUGUGAGUGUGUGUGCGUGUGUGUGAGAGGAGAAUCCUGACUGUGUGAUGGCUCUUAUUGUGUUCAUAGUGCUCAGCCUCUGCCUGCCUGUGUGGAGCUCUGUGAAGGUGACCCAGCCCUAUAAAGUGGUGAGCAGCGAUGGCACGGCUAAGGUCCAGUGCUUUCUUCAACCCGAGCCCUUCAACCACCAGGGCGCCUCCUCCUACAACGACCUGCGGUACCCUUUCCCCGAACCCGAGGAUCUGCGGGUGACGCUGCUGAAAGGCCUCCACGGCUCCACCAAACUCUGCUCCUCCAUGGUCAACCUCACAGAGUCGAGGGGGACGGGGGAAGAGGGAGAGGUGCAGUGCUCUGCUCAGAAGAGAGAGGGCACUCUGGAGGUGACGUUAUCUGGACUGAGAGCCACAGACACAGAUCUGUACCGCUGUGAGAUAGAUAUCUUCUAUCCACCUCCGUACCUACGGUUCACUGGAAACGGCACGCUCAUUCAUGUCUUAGGCAGCGCCGACUGCCCUGCGCUGGCGGCUCAGAGACAGCAUUCAAACCAAGAAGAUGAAGGAGAGGAGCGUGAGGAUGAAGAGAUGGCGGAUCCAGUCAGUGUUUCUGUGGUCGUACUGGUGAUACUGGUCCUGUUCGUCCUCUUCCUCAUUAUGUACUUCCAGGCCUCUCAGUGUGAACGAGGGAGGAGGGAGAUCAUCAGACCGGUUCCUGCUGUGCAUCACAAGAUGGACGCUGCUGCUUUCUCAUGUUAAUGAGAAAUCUUUAUUAAAUAACAUGCAUUUUGGUGUGUGUGUGUGUGUGUGUGUGUAUUACGCUGAUUAAGCUUAACUAAUAUUAUGUUUACAUUGUAGUAAACACACUUUAUUUUGACUUGUUUUGAUACUACUGCAAACUACUGAUGCUGAUGGAGGAUUACCUUUGCAGCAGAGAACAUGCCAUGCUUUGAAUCUUUAGGGUGCAAAAUGUGUUUUCAUGAGAAUUUUAAAGGUCAAUAUUACGCAAAACCCCCUUGUUCAUGUCUUUUAUUCCUAAAUAUCUGUCCUCUCUGCGUUAAGAGACUCUGAAAGUUUCCGGAACAAAGAUUCCCUCUCUUUUAAUCCUGAUCCAUCUCUAUAAAUGAGCUGAUCACAUUUUAGCCAAUUGGUGAUGUUUUUUUUAGGUUGUGCAACCAUUAGCCAAUCACCAACCAAGGUAACCCCCACCCACCUUAUCACCUGAAUCUCUUCCUUGAGCACCAUUGUAUUUCUUUAAACCAAUCAUCUCUCAGAGGGGCGUGGCCAGCAGCAGCUCAUUAGCAUUUAAAGCUACAGUCACAGAAUCAGCACUUUUGGAACAGGGCUGAAACAGAGGGGUUUAUGGGAUGCUGCAAUGCACAAGAUGCAUUUCAGAGGCAUUGUUUUUCAUAUAUAUCUGAGACCUAUAACAAAGGAGUAUAAUAGGGGACCUUUAAGAACCAAUUUGCCAAAUGUACAAAGCCAUUUCAUGGAGAUACAAUGGUUUUAAUUGCAUUUAGAAGAAAAUGUAACUGAUUUAAUUGUGUUGUUCAUUCUAAAAUUGUGGAUCCAUAAAGAGAACUAAGAGAUUGCCUUUGUAUGAGUAAGCAGGUUCUGAUUUAAACAUUCUAAAGCGAGGAUGUUUUCUGUACUAUUUACUUAAAAUAUGACUCUACUAUUGACUGAAACUGUUUAAGAAAUGUGCAAUUUGAGGAUUUUUCUAUCUAUAAAUCAAUUAACUUUAAAUAUAUCAGUACGUUUGAAACUUUAGGGCAAAAUAGAAGUUUAAGAUUGAAUUGUUAUUUAAUGUUAUCAUUUCAUUAUUGAAAUAAAAGCAACAGU